AUGACUGUUCAAGGAGCAAGAGUUGGCUGGUAUGGCCUGGGUUCCAUGGGCCUCGGCAUGGCCCUGAACCUCACGCGCCAUCUAAAGUCUGCUGGUGCACCGCCUCUCAGAUAUUCGAACCGCACUCUCGAGAAGGGCAAGCCGCUGGCGGAAGCCGGCGCACUGCCCGAGCAAAACUAUGAGGCCGUUGUGAACGCGUCUGAUAUUGUCUUCACCAUGGCAUGCAUUUCAAACGACCAGGUACUAAAAGAAUUGACCUCUGUUGCCGCCGAGUCAUGCACGUCAAUUGCGGGCAAGAUCUUUGUGGAUACAUCGACGGUGCAUCCCGACACCUCGGCGUCCGUAUCAGCCACAUUGGCGGCCAAGGGUGCAACCUUCAUAUCCUCGCCUGUCUUCGGCGCCAGCCCCAUGGCAGCAUCGGGCAAGUUGAUCUUCGCCAUGGCGGGUCCGUCGGCGGCUCUGACGGCGGUAAAGCCUCUGGUCCUCAAUGUCAUGGGCCGAAGCAUCAUCGACAUGGGCGACGAUGUCCGAAAGUCGAGCCUCCUCAAGAUCUCCGGAAACAUCCUCGUCAUCAGCUUCAUGGAGGUCAUCGCCGAAGCCCAGGUCUUUGCCGAGGUCACAGGGAUUGGCUGCACCCAGAUGGAAGAGUUCAUAGGCAACAUGUUUGGCCCGGUUCUGGAAAGCUAUUCUCACCGAAUGACUUCUGGUGCCUGGGCUCCACCGCAUGGGACCCCACCUGGCUUUGCCGCGUCGCUCGCGGCAAAAGACGCUCGACAUGCCUUGUCCAUUGCCAACAGCAACGACAUGCGCAUACCCACUAUGGACACGGCACUGGCCCAUUUGAAGCUUGCGCGCUCUCACGCCGGAGACAUGAUUGACAGCAGUGCCGUGUACGGAUGCCUUCGCGCUCAGGCCGGCCUUCCGUUCUGGUCCGAGAACAGCAGAAAAGAGCCGUAG